GAGUGAAUGACUUAGAAUCUGAAAGAAACUAUCUGGUAGACAUGACAUUGAGAACUUGUCUGGAUGCAGAUGUAUCUGUACCUUGUUACCAGUCCAUUGUAGUGUUCAAGGAUUACAAGCUACCUAAAUCUGUGUGUGAUUGGAAUACCAAUUUCCCUGUAAAAGACUUUAGUAUGGAGUCCUGGAUGAGUGAGAAUGGUCUAUUACAAAAUGUUGAUCCUUUACCACAGUGGGCAGUUCUACAGCUGAUGCAGAUGUGGGGUAUAUCCAGAUUUGUUUCAGACAAUUCCUGCUCUGGUGUUCUGCUGGAUACAAGUUCAGAUUGUAGUUUCUCAGUACCAGAUCUACCUGACUGGUUGUCCUGUUCAGUGCCAUCAUCUUGUAAUGGUAUAGAAUGCUGUGCUGAUCUGCCUAGACUUAACAAGUCUGUAGCAGUUGCUCUUAGAAUAGAAAACUGUAGAAAUACAUUACAACUACAGAUUGGAGAGCAAACAACAAAUAUCAAAUUAAAUCAGUUUGUAUUUGAUAAGGAACACACAUUUUCUUUGUUCGGUAUUGUUAAUAUCAUGUAUAAAAUAGUGGACUUAGAUGACCAGUAUAAAGUAGACAUGAAUAUGUCAAUAUGCUACACAGAUACACAACCAUGUGUUUAUAAUAUACACCUUUGGACAGAUACAUUGAUUAAUAAGACCAUGUGUGAAUUGGCUGCUGGAUUCAUUGAUUCAGAGUUUUCAAUAGACACUUGGUUAGGAAACCGAGGACUGACACUGAACUCCACUAUCUCUGAUGUUGUAGCCAAUGAUUUAUUAAUGGUGUUAGGAUUACCAGAUUACAUGGACUUCUCUGACAAAUGUAACUUGACCACUUCUCCUUACCUGGAUACUGAGGAUGGACAAGUGAACGAGACUUCCAGUAAUGUGACACUACCAUCCUUACCAGAAGAGAUAACGUGUUAUAUAUCACCAACUCAGUCUGAAGUAUCUUGUUGUGUGCAGGUUGAUAUUCUCAAACGAUCCCUACAGACCAGUCUUACUCUGGAUACCUGUACUUAUAAACUGACUGUGAGGAUAGAAAAUCUACACCAUGAAAUCAACCUUUUCAACUACCAAUGGGGUAAAACUGAAAAUGUACAGCUUCAUGGGGUCUUCCAACUAAGAUUUACUAUAUACAACAUUCCUUCAGAGAGAAAGUUCUUGGUAGAUGUCAAUAUCAGACUCUGUUUUGAAGCUAAGGAUGACAAAUGUCUGAAAGAAUAUACUGUUUUAAACAAUGCUGAUUUCAUGUAUUCUGACUGUAAUAAUUCUGUGACAGUUCCUUUUGGAGGAUUGGCAUUUGAGUUUUGGAAACCAUCCCAGUGCACAAGUUACAGUGGAAACUUUCUGAAUGGUUGUACUGAUGUACCAGCUCCAGUGUCAUCCUUACCUGGAUGUAAAAUGUCCACUGAUUGUCACAGUGUAGAAUGUUGUACAGAGAUUAACUUCAUGACUGGUACCAGAAAUGUAUAUACUACAUACCAACUGACACAGUGUGAUGAGAUGGUGACCAGUAUUGAGAGACAAUCAUGGACCAAAACUGGACUAGAUUCACUGACAGGAUCAACAAUUUCAGAAAAGGUCAAUGGUGUAUUUGACAUGAGUAUGGCUGUAGUAGAAAGUUCCUCUACAUUGUAUAAAGUGACAUUGUCUGUAAAUAUCUGUUACUUGAGCGGAGGUAUUUGUACAAACUUGACAAUAGCAGAAGAGGUCACUUUAAAAAAACCAGACUGUACACCAGAGAGGAGAAGGAGGAAGAGAAGAGAUGCUUUAUAUGGCUAUGGACUUGAUCCAUCAGAUCUUCAAGGUGGUUUUAGAAACUUAUACAAUGAUCUAGCAUCUUCAGAACAAGUUCAAGAGUUCUUAAAAGAAGCCAAAGAUUAUGAAAAUCAAGUGAGAUCAGGCAAUUUACAACCCAGCCAGAUAAUGGAUGAUGACAUCACUACAGGAAUCAAAUCUACCAUGAAAGCUUUAGGACAGAAUAGUCCAACUACAAUGUCUUCUUUGUGGACUGUAGAUAUUGUCAGUGAUGCUGAUGGAGCUAAAGCUAUAACAGACAUGUUGUCAACAGCAACAGAUAUUGUAGGACGUGCUGAUCAAGUAUUUAUAGUAGGAAAAGGCCUAUCUAAUGCCGGAGUUCAAAUGUUAGGAGAGAAACUGGCCAAUAUGACUAUUGGUGAUAUCAAAGCCAUGUUAGAUCUAAGGAAUCUAGAUCCAGUUGUUGUCAUAGAAUUAUUUGGUCAACUUAAAGACUUGGCAAAAGCUCUGUUAUCAGAGUUCAUUGACAAAUUACUAGGAGAUCCAACAAAUAUCUUCAAACGUACUGACAUUAUAGUAAAGGGAGAUGUUAGUUUUCCUAGAACGAACAUUGUAAUUGUCCCACCAAUUUAUUAUGAUAUACCAGUUGGUCCACUUAUUCUCAGACUUGAAUUUGGAGCUUCAGGUUAUUAUGGCAUGGCAUUUGAAGUUGGUGUAAAAGUUUUGGGUAUGACUGGAUUUGCUACUAUAGUCCCAUAUGCUGGAGCAAAAGCUUAUGGUUCUGUUGGAAUUUGUUUCUUUGUGUUGUGUGGUAAAUUACAGUUAGAUGGUUACAUAAUGGAUACCAGAUUUCCUUCAGCUGCAGAAAUAGCUUUCAGUAAAUUUCCACUGGAUGUUGGUUUGUCUAUGUACCUAGAACUGAGACCAUUAGAAUUGAAGUUGACAGCUAAAGUUACUUUAGAAAUCAGACUACCAUGGGGAAUUAGGUUUACAAAGACUUUAUUUAGUGGUACAUUAUGGAGGUACAAAGCUCCAAGCAUUAAUGCAAAGAUAAUUGAUAAUAGAAAAAAAGAGGAAGAUGCUUCACCACCACAACUAUCACCUGUUACAGAUUCUGGUGGCAAUGGAAAGAAAAAAAGAUCAACGGCUUCCUGUUAUGUUAAACAAACACCAAACCUAGAUUACACAGAACCAGAGUUUGAAAUCUCUAUCCGAGCUGAGGAUGAUAGAAGUCAGGUCAAGCUGUACUUAAAUGUAGGUACUGUACCAGGAGGGUCUGAUGUGCUACAUGAAUCUGAACUUGGAGGACCAUCCACAGUUAUUAAAGAGCCAUUGAUCAGUAAAGGUACAGGAGUUCCAAUCUACUUCACCUUGAUAGCAGAAAACAACUCAGGUCAAAGGUCAGAAGCAUUUUGUAGUUUACCAACUUAUGAUGUGACUGUACCUGGUGGAAGAUUUCAGGAGGAAUUUAUGUCUACAAGUAAUCCUGAGGUUCUAAGGGCCUAUGUUACGGUGUAUGAGGACUCUGAACUUCAGACUGUACAAGUUGGAGCAGGAUAUGGGAAAGGAAUCUAUGGAGAUCAGAUGGUUCCCUGGGAUGAUGUUGACCUUGACCAUAAUCAGAUAAAUUACAAUUUAGGGUCAGAUCCUUUUAAUAAAAAGGUUUUAGACCAACUAUUUACUGGAGCUAUAGCUGGAAGGUUGGUUGGACCAAAAUCAGCACCAGAUACAAUAAAAAGUACUCCUGGAGAUUGUGCCAGGGCCUGUGCAGAUUUACCUCGUACUAAGUGUAUAAGCUUUAAUUAUGACUUUGGUAAAGGAGUAUGUGAACUUAUGGAAGCCAUUGAGGGACAUCACUACUCAAGGUCCAAGUCUGGAUUGUUUGAACAUUAUGAAAGACUUGGUAUUGGCAAAUCCAAACAGUUUGUUUAUGAAAAUCUACAACUCCUGCAUAAUAAAUUGUACUACUUCAAUCUGAGGCUGGUCAAUGUUCUAGGAUAUGAUAGUAUAAUCACCACACAAGGAGUCCUUUUGGAUACAACUACCCCUGAAACAGGCUUUAUUUCCAAUAAGACUGCUGAUUACCUUGAAAUAUUUCCAUGUUUGGAUUUAAUACCUGGAGACAGACCUGACUGGAAGUUACUUUGUAAAGGGGUAAAUCCAAAAAUUCAGAAUCAUAGACUGGUGGUUGACGGACCUGGUUCCCGGACUGUAUUCAAUGGUCCUACACCAAUGUUUGAUCUGAAGUUCACCAGGGCAAAUGCCUAUAUAGCUGCCAACUGGGAUGGCUUCAUAGACAGAGAAUCUGGAAUCAUGGGAUAUACUGUACUUAUUGGCCUGACAGAAUGUAAAGAUGAGGUACAUGCUGAUCAUGAUCCUCAUAAACAUUUAUUUGAUAUGUCCCAGUGGACAUUUAGUGCUAUGAUAAGCCCUAUACCAGCACCAUACACCAAAUUACCAGAUGGUAAAUACUUCAUUACUGUCAGAGCAUUAAAUGAUGUAAAGUAUGGAGGGCCUUUGGUAACAACAGUGUGUCAUUCUACACCACUGACAGUUGAUAACUCCAGACCAGAGAUUUAUGAUAUAUAUGGAAUAGAAUAUGAUGAAAAUCUGCCCUUACUGAGAGCAUCACAUGUAUCCAGUGACCCUCAUUCAGGUUUGGUGUACAAUGAUUUAUGUUUGGGCCAUUCUGCCAGAGACUGUGAUGAAAUGGACUGGAAAAGAAUGGACUAUAGUCCAGACAUACAGUAUGCAGUAAAGCUCACAGAUGGUGUCCGUAUUUGGGUCAAAAUUAAGGUCACCAAUGGAGUGGAUCUGAGAAAAAUAGGAGUAGCAGACCAAGCUAUAAUUGUUGACAAUACACCACCCAUAGCAGGACAAGUGUUAGAUGGUUCAGUACAAGGAACUGAUUUGCAAUUCACCAAGGAGUAUCAAAAGCUAUGCUCCAAUUGGAGACAUUUCUAUGACCAAGAAUCAGGAAUAUCAAUGUAUAUGGUGGGAGCGAGUUCUGAGAGAAAUGUCAACAUAACAGAUAUUGCUAAUUCAACAGAAAUAAGUAGACACACCCAUACAACCUGUGUGUCUGUCAACAAAGACUUAGAACAUGGCAAGACAUAUUAUACCAUUGUCUUGGCUUAUAAUGGAGGAAUAUCACAACAGAAAGUCUCUGCUAUAUCUGAUGGAGUAACUGUGGAUUUGACCGAGCCAGAAUCGGGAGAAGUUAUUGAUGGGGUUCAGACAGGAUUUAAAGAUCUUCAGUUUUCUCCAAGUACAGCUAAAGUUGGGACACAGUGGAGGGGAUAUCAUGAUCCUGAAUCUGGUAUACAACAGUAUGGUGUACAGGUGGAGGUUUCAAACAACAACACAGAAGACUAUGAAGUAGUUAGGGAAUGGGUCACCUUCCCAAAGGAAACUGACAGUAUAGAAUGGGUGAACUUUCACCUUUAUCACAAAGACCAUGUCAAGGUCAAGUUAAAAACCACAAAUGCAGCCUUGAACUCAAUCAUCAAUGAGACGAGUGGAUUUGUUGUUGACUUGACUCCAGCUGUUCUUGUUAGCUUUGGUGAUGGAUCUGUGCUGAAAGAAGAUAAAACAUUUCAGUCUGAUGUGACAAGUUUGUCUAGUAACUUUGAGUUUAUAGAUGAAGAAUCUGGUUUGGAUCAUUAUAAAAUUCAGAUAUAUCAACAUCAUGAAGGUGUAAGAUCCCAAGUUAUACCAGCAAUUUAUAGUGAAUGGUUAAAUCUUGGUACAGAUGUCAGUAUAAACCACUACACUCAGACAGGUCUGUCUUUACAUCAGGGCGGAGUAUACAGUAUGAGGGUGGGAUGUGUUAACAAGGCAGGAUUUGUAGCAGCAUUUGAGACUGAUGGUGUUGUCAUAGAUACAACUCCUCCUGUUAUGCACUGGCUACAUGUAGGAAGCCUAGCAGGCAGAAUAGAGACAGUUAUAGAUGGAUAUGUGUGGCAAGCUGAUACUACUGGGAUCAAGGCAGCCUGGGGAGCAGAUGAUCACCAGUCAGGGGUUACAAAGUUUAAAGUAGCAGUAGGAACAUCUCAUGGUGGUACAGAUAUCAUGUCUUGGACAGCUUUUGGAACAGAGAAGGAUAUAUACAUACCUGACCUGACACUACAACUGACAGACCUGACAACUUACACACCAGUGUAUUAUGUCAGUGUAAAGGCAAAGAAUGGAGCAGGACAGGAAAGUAAUCCUGUCACAUCUACACCUAUUGUGGUGGUGGAUGAAGACAAACCAGGUUUGGUGAUAGAUGGAGCUGAGGGUACUGAUGGUAAUACCUUAGUUCUUAAUGAAGAUUUAGAUUAUCAGUUAGACUUUUCUACUACCACACUACAGUUCAAUGGUUUUGAGAGUCAUUUACAUGGAGUUGUGGAUUAUGAAUGGGCAGUAGGAACAACUCCAGGUGGAGAGGAUGUUAUGUCCUAUACUCCUCAUGGACUGGUACAUUCUGAAGAGGCAGAUGUUGUUGGCAAUGGAAUAUCCAGUUCUGGUUUUGCCCAAGCCAAUGUUCAACUUAAACCAGAGACAAGAUAUUACUCCAGUGUUCGUGCUGUCACUAAUGAUGGCAAUGUUUUAGAGGCUGUGUCUGAUGGAUUCACUGUAGACACCACACCACCUGUGGUUACACUAGACAGACUAACAGAUAAAGAUGCCUCUGAAAUGGAAAGUGGGUCCAGUAUUUUUCAGAAAACAGUGGAUUCCCUGUCAGCCCUGUGGCAUUAUAGUGAUGAAGAGAGUGGCAUACAGAGAGCUUGGUUCGGUGUAGGGACCUAUCCUUUUGGAGGAGAUGUGGCUCCAGUAACAGAAGUUAAUAUUACACCAAAUCUACAAAGUUCACUGCCAUUGUCUUCUGUAGUUGCUGAUACUUCAGGAAAGCCCAACAUUAUAUCAGUGUAUGUAGAAAACAAGGCUGGAUCCAUCAGUAAAAGGACAUUUAAUUCAGUGAUUAUUGAUACAUCAGUACCAAAUCAGGGAGUUGUCACCUGUCCUGAAUAUGUAGGGGCUAAGGUUCCAGUUAAGUGUACCUGGACUGGUUUUCAGGAUAAUGAAAGCCCAAUAGAGAAGUUUCUUAUAUCACUUGGUUCUCAAGAAGGGUUUUCUGACAUAUUCAGCGACAGAAAAGUUGAUGGAAAUACAUUCAGUUAUACAAUAAAUGAUGCAGAUGAGUUGAUGACUCAUGAGAAGUCCUACUAUGUUACUGUGACUGCUAUUAACACAGUGGGUUUACAGUCCUAUAGUUUCUCUGGACCUGUUGCCAUAGAUACCACACCUCCUGACUAUGGUAAAGUGGUUGACCUUCAUACGACCUACAGAAUGGAUGUGACUUACAAUGCAGCUACUGUACAAAUGAAUGCUAAAAGUUGUACAACGGAUGAAGAAUGUAAUGCUUUAGAUGCUACAUGUUCAGAAUCUCUAACCUCAGUUUCUGUAACCUGGCAACCAUUUACUGAUGAACAAUCUGGAAUAGCUGGGUAUGAGAUAGCUGUAGGGACUACUUCAGGGGGUGGACAGAUUAAAACUUUUUUCAGUAUAUACACAGAAACCAAUUAUUAUACAGUAACUGGACUGAAUUUAAAUGGUCUGAAAAAGGUAUAUGUAUCAAUUAAAGGAACCAAUGGAGCAGGAUUAUCCAGUGUUAGUUCAUCCAAUGGUUUAUACUUGUCUUAUCUUAGUCAGGGACUGCCUCCUCUAUCACAUAUUGGUAUUGCUGAUGUUACAGAAUUGUCAAAUGUGGAUAUUGAUUUCCAGGAGAGUUUUGACACAUACAGGGCAUCAUGGGAUUUGUCAGGUGACCCUUGUCCUGUCAUUAGAUAUGAUUGGCUGAUACAGAGGCUUGAUGGGAAGGUUGUCAUGGAUUGGUUGGAUAUGGGAGUUAAAACUUCAGGAAUGAAUGAUGAACUUGAGAUGUUGAAUGGAGAAUUAUACUAUUCUUUGUUGAGAGUAACCAAUGCUUUGAACUACACCUACAUGAUCAGAUCUAAUGGUGUCACUGUCAAACAAGAACCUCUCAUCCCAGGAAAAGUAUUUGAUGGAGACCUGAUCGGAUAUGAUCUGAAUUUUCUCAACUCUAAAGCCAUGGUGACAGUCAAUUGGGAUGGAUUUGGUCUCCCAGUCAGUACACAAACUCAAGUAGAUGUUAUUUCAGGAAAUCCUGGUCUUCAAGUAAAUGAAGAUAAUAUUGAAUACCAGGAUAAAAACCAAGCAGUAGAAUUUUAUGAGGUUGCCUUGGGAACAGACAGGAGAUUCUCACAAACCAGAGACGACAUUGUUCCAUUUACUAAUGUUGGAAAAGACAAAAAAGUGACCUUUUAUGACCUUGAACUGGUUCCAGGUACAGGAAUGUAUUACUUUACAGUCAAAGCAUACAGUGCCUCCUACUCUGUUGCUAUAGUAACAUCAAAUGGAUUUCAUGUUGGAUAUGAUGGUGGAGUUGUUGCUGGUACUAUUGUGAUGGGAGACUAUGUCAGUACAGAUACAUAUGUAGAUAUACAGUUUGAAGGUUUCUUCUCCAAAGUUGAGAUAUUGAUGUACUAUGUGGCUGUGUCUAACUACACAGGUGUUACUGGCACUGAUUGUAAACAUUAUAUUGAUGGUGGAAAGGCUACAGAAGAAGAAAAAUCCAGGAUAUUUAAUGUGUUUCCUGUCACAAAUAUAAAUCAGAACACAUUUUACAAAGUAGAAAAUAUAGAUCUAGAAGUGGGAAAAGCCUACACAGCUUGGGUAUUGGGAACUGACAAAUCAGGAGAAUGCAAUCUAGCCAGACAUACAUUCAUGGUUGACACUACACCCCCUGUAGCAGGAGAAUUAACUUGUGGACCUGAUUAUCACAUGAAUGUUACAUACACUCCAGACAGCACCACCUUGACAAUUACAUGGGAAGGCUUUAGUGAUCUUGAAUCUGAUAUUGCCUCCUACAAAAUAUCACUAUGGAAUAAAUCAUCCUGCACAGAUCAAAGCUCUGAAGUACUGAUGGUGGACUGGAUAACUUUGGGUUCCAACUAUUCUCAGUAUAUGUUUACAGAACUUCAACUUCAGGGAAACAUUCCAUACAUAAUAAAACUUAUGGCCACCAAUCAUGCUGGACAGUUUGUCAGUACAGAAUCUGCCCCUAUAUUAUAUGACUCCUCAAAACCAACAUCAGGACAUGUGGUGGAUGGUACAGACUUUGUUAAUGACAGAGUUUGGUUUGGCUCUUCAGCUACUAUUACAGGUACAUUUUUACACUUGGCGAAUCCUGAAGGUCCGUCAUGUCCUAUCCAGGCUGUAUCUAUGAUCAAUGAUCCAGGCUGGAGAAAACUACAACAGAUAGGCUUCAGAGAUCCAAGUGGUCAACAAUGGUCACUUACUCACAGACAAGAGAAUAUCCAGAACUUGGUUUAUGAUAACGCUAUCAGUAUAAAGCUGGCAAGAGAUGUUAAUAAAAAACAAAUGUAUACUGGGGCAUACAUCAGGUCUGCUGAAUUUGAAAAUAGUGGAACAUAUCAGAUAUCAGUCAAGGCAGCAGGUGGUGAAGGUAUACCUGUUACUGGAAUCAUGUUAUGGGACGGUCCUGUAGAUGGUAUAGCUACUUAUGAUUACUUAACUGAAGAGGAUUGGACUCUCAAUAUUUGUGAUUGUUGCCUGGAAGAUCCAGUACCACAGGCAUGUUCAUUCUGUAACUGUUCAUUGUAUGAUGAUAUAACCACAACUCCUUUCACAACAUCUUCUACUACAAUAAAGCCUCCAUAUGAGAUUGUAAAGAAUCCUGACGAUUCUAUAGUUACUGGACCAAUAGAUACUCAGGUUCCUGUAGCACAGACAGCAUGUGGUGUGCAGAUAUUGACAGGAGACAUACCUCAAGUAGUCACAUGGUGUCAGGCAUACAACAAUACACAGAGAUUAAUGAAGGCUACAAUAGAUUUAUCAUUUGAUCCCUCGGCAGCAUAUCAUCAGUACAAAGUAGUCAUCAUUCCACAGAAAGAUGAUGAAGUUAAUAUAAACUGGUGUAUAAAAGUGUAUGCAGAUGAUGAAGAACUAACAGAAAUCUGUGGUAUAGAACCACCUAGUACUUCUACCAAACUUGUUCUUCACGUAUGGAAUCGUAACAACUAUGUUCCAGAUAUAUCUGACUUAUUUAAUGUCUUCUCAGCUAAAGCAUACUUCAAAGACCUAAUUAUUCCACCUAAGAUUGGCAAUAAAUGUCGCUAUGGUGGUCCGUUCAGGGGAGGUACUAAUCCAGUAAUAAAGUAUGAGGCUGGAAUCGGAACAGAAAAGUUACAGACAGAUGUUGUACCAUAUAAAGAGAUAUAUAGGCCAUGUAUACCAUGCAAUACCCAGUGUUCUUUGCUAAACUGUCAGUCUGAUUGUGAUCUUAAUCAGCAUACUGUUGUGACCUUCACCUUGAAUGACCUUGUUCUUGAACCUUUUAUUCUGGCAGAAAAUGAGACAGGACAUCAAUACAACAAAACAGCCAUGUAUUAUACUACAGUGAGAGUAUUGUUAGGAUCAGGCCUGACCUCUGAAGGAUCAUCAGAUGGAUUCUACAUUGACCUGACCUCACCUGUAUUUGAACCUGAAGUCAUGACCCAGAUCUAUAUUGAUGUGACCCAGGGAGAGUUUACACCAGUGAAGUACCAAGCAUCCAGCAACACUAUAAAAGCUUACUGGUACUGUUAUGAUGAUGAAAGUUUAAUCAAGGAUAAUUUAUGGGCUAUUGGGACAACAAUUGGUGGAGAGGAGUUACAGUCAUUUACAUCACUAGGUGUCAGACAGAUUGGUAUAAACAGCUCACUAGAGGGAGUACUGCAAAGUAACCAAACUUAUUAUGUGUCUAUAAUAUGUCAGAAUGGAGCAGGACAAAUAACACAAUGGAAUGAUAAUACAGGUGUGGUAGCUUUAUUGGAACCUCCAGAUGUUGAAGUCAUCAAUACAACAGUGGUAGGAGCUGAAGAUUUUGGUCAAGCUGUCACCCCUACUGAUUCUAAACGUGGUACAGACCCUGACACUAUUGGCUUCUCAUUUUCCCUGAGUGAAGAUGAAGCAGUAACAAGAUAUGAUAUCUGUUUGGGAUCAUCCAAGAUAAAUGAUGAUAUUUUCCCUUGUACCUACAUCAGUGUUAACAUGUCUGGUACAGUUUUGAUAAAGAAUGGCUCCAUCUAUAUGAAUGAGUACAAAUUAUAUGAUUUGCAUGAGCUGAGAAAAGACCAGAGUAGUUCUUCCUCUAAUACAUUCCACAUGGAGCCAGGGAGAACUCUGUUUAUAACACUGAGAGCUUGUAAUGAUGCUUACCUAUGUAGUAAUAAAUCCUUGGGAACCGUAACCAUGAUGGAUGAUAAAGCUGUGAUGAAGACAUCAGUGGGAGGUGAAGCUCUGGAGGUGGAGUAUGAUAUGUCAGCUAACAGGAGGAAGAGGAGGAGUUUAGGGGAUGUACUUAUUAUAAUAACACCUGAUGGACUUGCCUCAGGACAGAGUAUAUUGAUGGAACCGUUAGAUCGUUCUGAUUUAACAGCUGUUUAUGAUUCAGUAUCUUCAACACAGUUCCAACCCUAUAUAGUAAAUCCUAAUGAUACCAUGGAUUUAGUAGACAGACUUCUUUAUAGAAGAUUAUCAACUAGUAUAUUUUCCUUUACUCUGGUACCAAUUGGACAUUUACCUAUGCCAGGACCAGUCAACAUAACUUAUUUUGAUACCAGUUCAAAUCGAGAUCAAAGAAUUAUGUUAACUCACUGGAAUCCAGUGGAUCAACAAUGGGAGCUGACAAGUAAGACAUGUGGUGACUAUAAUGAUACUGAGACAAUAAAUCCUGAUGGAAGUACUACUACAUUGGUUUGUAGUACCUGGAAGUCCAAAGAAGAAAAUUCUACAAUAAGUCGCAAGAAAAGAUCUACUUCACAGCUUGAGUAUUUGUCACAAGAGACACAGUUCUCUCUGUCUGUAGUGUCUACUACUAUAAUCAAUACACCACCAAGAUUGGUUAGUCCUGAGAAUGUAACUAUGGAGGAAGAUUCAGGAACUCUUCAGUAUUUACUAGAGGCUACAGAUGAUGAAGACGAUACCAUAUUGUUUUAUUUAGAAGAUUCUACCUAUAUCAUGGGUACUCCAAGUCUAACUACUGAUGGAAUGCUGUUGUAUACCCCAUGUACAGACUGUGCAGGAAUAGAAUACAUACACAUACUCCUAACAGAACAUCAGACAGAUAUCCCAGCAGCCAGUUCUAAUGUUACAAUAACAAUCCAUGUCAUUAGUCAGAAUGAUCACCCUGUGGUUUUCCUUACUCAGUAUGGUAGCUCUAUAUUGUUGGAGGACACUAGUGAACCAGUUGUGGUAUACCUAGAACAGAAAACCAAUUACACAGAACACCUCUGGUCUGACCUGUUCACAGCUGUGUUUGGGGCAUAUGAUAUUGAUGUACAAGAUAAUUUAACUUUGAUGGUAUCACAACUUGAGCAUGGAAAUAUUACAGUUUCUAAACAACAGUUGAUCCUUCCUGAUGUUGGACCAUGCCCUCAUGAUCCAUUGAUUAAUAGUUUACCCUGUGGGAAUUUCACUCAAACAUUACCAUACAAUGUAACAGAUAUGUCAUGGAUCUAUAUCACAGUGACCUAUAUUCAACCUGACAAUUACUAUGGUUAUGAUUAUAUAAAGCUGUAUGUGAUGGACGAUAGGAACAGCUCAUCUGAAGUGGUUACCAUACAGGUUGCUAUUAUGGAAUCACCCUGUCAAAACAAAGGAGUGUGUCAAGCAAAAAACACCAGUAACUACCCUUGUGAAGAUACUCACAGAGCUGAGAGUUUUGAUCUCUAUUAUAACUGUGAAUGUCCACAAGAGUUUACUGGACUACAUUGUGAAGAGGAUGUGAAUGAAUGCCUAAGCAAACCUUGUCCAGAUUCUUACACCUGCACUAACAAGUAUGGUGGAUAUGAUUGUUCUUGUCCUGACUGUGGAUUGGCUACAUGGGCUAAAGCUGUGAUUGGUCUUUCUGUAGUGAUUAUAGUCAUCAUUGCUAUCAUAGUGAUUGUAUACUGCAGGAUAAAAACUAGCUACAAAAAUAAAUGGGUCCAUCCUACAGGAAUUAUUACGGACACAGAGAUUACCAAUUUAUUCAAUAAAACCAAAGAAUGUCUUGGAGAAAAUAAAGAUUGUGAAAAAGUUUCUGGAGCAAGGAUGAACAAUAAAAAAACUUUUGAUGAUGAAAUCACAGUCAGAGAAGAACUUAUGAAGAAGACAUCUGUUGAAGAUGAUUUGGAUUUUUAUAAUGAUGGACUGGUACCAGUGGAACAGAAUCCACCUGAAAACUUCAACCAUAUUCUCACUACCAAACAAAAGUCAUGUCAUAGUGGACCAUUAAAAGGUAAAAGGGAUAUCUUUCAUGAACAUGAUGAUGAUGAAGAGGGUGGAUUUCAACAUCCUCAACCUGGUGGUGUUGUCAAAGUACUACUUGCAUCUGAUAGGGAAAAAUUACUCCAGAAACAUGGUGUGCCUGAUGUGAAAAAUUCAUUUGCAGAACAUGGAGACCAUCCAGCCCCCGGAUCACAUCAAAUGAUGUCAAUGGAAUUAGAUCAGCUGUCCUUCCACCCAACUCGAGGAUUUCUCCAUCAAACCUCAGCUAAUGAUGCAAGUUGGUUAUCACUUCCAGUCAAAAGAGAUACUAUUUCCAAACCCAGGCUAGAAAUGAAACCAUAUGAUGGUACUAUAGAUGAUAGUUUGUCUGAUCUAAAAGGGUCCUCAUUGACAGAUUUCAUGUGUACAACAGGUAAACAGGAUGUAACAUGUUGGUCAAGGGAAUCUUCAACUUUAUCACUUCAUGAUCCCCCAAAGGAAGAUCUAAAUGCACCCCAGAAAAUGAAAAAGAAGAAAAGGAAGCAUACUAAAAAGGAUAAAAUAUCACCUUACAACAAUUCUGGUAAAAGUGAUGAUAAUGGUAUAUUGGCUAGAAAGACAGACUUUGGUUGUAAAGAAAAAGAUGUAAUGAAUUUUCUGAACCAACCAGUUGAUGACCUCUUGCCUGUAUUAAAACCUAUACCACAGAUAACAGCUGGAUCAUCUAUGGCAAAUCAAAAAGAUAAUGGUGGCUUUGAACCUGAUCUAAAUAAACAGGACAAAUUUAUGAACGAAUGGGAACGAGAGUCUAUUGGAAAGGCUUUUUCAGGUUUUCAGUCUGUUCCAAACAGAAUGAUACAAUUAGGCAGUACAGAGAAGAAUGUUGAAUGUGAACUGAUGGACCUGCCACAGAACAACUAUGAUGAAGACCAUGAAAAGAACCAUGUGAUCAUCAUGUCUAGAGAGUCUACCUUGAAUCAGGGAGUCCCACCACCAGGCUGGAAUGAUACAGAGGAGAUGGAGCUUUUUAGGCACACAAGACUAAAGUCUGCAAUGAGACGAAACAACAACAUAGGCAAUCAAUUUGUCACUCUGGAUGAUUUCAGUGAUGAAGAGAAAGAUACUGAUAUCUAAAUGACAAUUUGAACUGUUGAUAAUAUUUAUAUUUUGACUUUUUUUUAUACAUUUUACUUUUCUAUUUUUUUAUCAAUUUACUUAGAUAAUAUUUAUUCAUAUUUUAAAACUAAACAUCAGUAACUUUUGUAGAGAUUCUGUCUUUCUUCUUCUUGUCAGUAUAUCCUGGUCAUUUUUUUUUUCUUAUGUCUGCUUACACUAUGUAUAAAAACUGAAAUUUUCUUGUUGAAUGGAUAACAUGUGUUUGUUGACCAUUUUCAAUAUUUUAUGAAAUUCCUGAUAUAGAUUAAGAGCAUUUUGUUUGACACUUGUAAUUGCAAAAAUAGUAAAAUUAUUCAAGCCUUUCAGAUUCAUGUUAAUUUUAUAGAUUAAUGAACAGGUUAAUAUAAUCUGGACAUUUAGGUGCAGACAUAUAUAUCACUUGUGAUGACACUAUGAUGUAAUUAACAUUUCUAUUUUACAAAAAGUUUUUGAUAAAACUAAAAUUUAUCUUUUCAAAUAACUUUAUUUAAAACAUAUAUAUAUUUGGUCAGUUUUGGAUUUAUAUCAUGUUUUUUUACAUGAAUCUUUAUCAGUCAUUCCUUAAAAUGCUCUGUAGUUUUGAUUUAAUAACUUCCAACAUAAUAAAUUAAACAGAACAAUAAGGAGAAUCUGCUUUCUUUAUAUUGUAUCAAAGGUAGCAUUAAAGUAAUAAACAUUAUAUUAUAAGAAAUUUCCAUUUCCCAUAUUCUUUAAACUGAUUUUGAUGGAAAAUCUUUAACAAAAUUAACAGUGUAGAAUGUAACUUAACAGUUUUUAUUAAAUAUUGUAGCUUUGAAACGGACAUAAAAUCAGUUUAUUUAUUAUUAUUUUCAGUUUUGUUUGCUCUGAAUACUAAAUGGACAGGUCUGAAAAUACAGGAUUAGAACAACAAACUGUUGAAUCGCUUUAUAUUUUGGCUGAACAGAUGGAGAUAGUAUACAAUAUAUAUAAAUUGUCAGAAAGAUCAAUGAUUUUAUGCUGGAAAAUCCAUGAUUACUGAAUCAUAAACAAUGCAGGUCCUUUUUAAAAUUGCAUCUUUUUUUUUAUUUUAGUGUAAAAUGCUUCUUUAAAUUUAAUAACUGCUGAAGUAAUUGUUUUGCUUCAAAACUCAAACAGAACACAUGCAUAGAACAAAAUUACUCAUUUUUGAAAUUUUAGAAGGAUAUGAGGAUGAAUAGAGAAGAAAUUUUCAAAUUGAUAUUUACACCUUUGUAUGCUAUGUCUUCUAAACAGCUGUCAUGCACUCUGACUUUCAUGUAACCUUACUUAUAAAUAAAGCUUCCUGUCUUUAA